AUGAGCGAACGAUUAGGGCAAAUUGGAAACAUGAAAUCGAUGUUGAGUUCGUCAAGCACCAACAUCAGAAUGUGCUAUUGUGGAGAUAGGGCUGAUAUGUGGACAUCAUGGACUCGAAAGAAUCCAGGUUGGAGGUUUUUUGGUUGCCCAAAUUACAUGGAUGAAGAGAAGGACUCUAUUUCUUUCAAUAACCCUAUUAAUGAAGGUGAAAUACCUGUUGAUGACCCUAUUGCCCCUAUGAAUGUUGAUGUCCCUAUUUCCCAUUUGAAUGCUCUUGAGCCUGAUAAUCAAAUUACAAUGCGUGAGAAUACACAUGUGCCUGGUAAUGAAUUCGGAUUCUGCAAGUGGAUGAUGGUUUGUUUCGUUUGUUUUAUUGUAGGAAUGAUGUAUGCUUAG